GAGCAGUGUUGAGUCUAUGGGCAGUGUUGAGUCUAUGGGCGGUGUUGUGUCUACGAAUCAGAUCUGCUGACUCGUUUUUUUCUGCCCCAGGCCCAGCCCCAUCCAUGGCGACUCAGAGGGGAGAAUGAAGUCAUGUGACCGCUUUGGACGAAGUUCAAAGGGCACCUGCGAUCUCACCUCCGACAUUCGACCCCUAACCAGGGCCGCCCGGCUCUGCCUCCUCCCGCUGAUCGCGGGGCUUGUCUUCGUGGCCAUCGCCAUGGCGACGUGGACCGGGCCCCACCACCUCCGGACCCGGCCCUCGCCCGAGCGGGCCGGGGAUGGGCCGCCGACCCCUCCGCCGGCUCGCGGGCCCCGGACCGCCGGCACCCGGAUCGGGGGCGGGCCCAGGCUCCGUCACGUGACCUGCUCUCGCGGCUCGAGGCGCGCCUCUGACCCUAGCCUCAGGCCGCGCCCCAAGCCUCACACCGACUGCGGCGCUGACCCAAAACUCAGAGGCGCUGCUCACCCGGGGCCUGAUCCCGGGCCCAAUCCCAGCCCGAACCCGAGCCCCAGCGCCACGCCCAGCAACGCCCCCACCCACGGACUCAGGCCACGGCCGCGGCUCAAGCCUAGGCCUAACCCACGCGCCGAGCCCGGCCUUAGCUUCAGCACCGGCCCUCGAACGGGCUCUGACGUUACCACGGGCCCCGGCACAAUCGUCCCCAGCGUCAGCCCGAGCGUUAACAGAAGCAGGAGGCCCAAGUCCAGGCACCUCAGCUUUAGGGUGAAUUUGUGUUACAACUUCAGCCCUUUUCUGAAAGACUCGGGCCUUAGAUCCAGGCAUAGCCCGAGUACAAUUUCCGACGUAAAGCCUGACACUACCCCUACCCCUGACGCGAAUCGCAAUGACGCUACCCCGUCCCGUGACACGACGCCUGACGCCAAGGCUACCCGUAACCCGACGACCAACUCGACUAACCCCGUGCCUGACUCCAACCCAGGUUCCAGUGGUCCGGGUAGGCCGAGGCUUCUCCGAUCUCCCCGAGCCUUUUCCCUCGCCCGUGCCGAGUCACGAUUGGCUGCCUCGACCGCAACCACCACCAGCACCACCACAACCACCACUGCAAGCACCACCAGCACCACCACCACUACUACCACUACAACCACCACCACCACCACUACCACCACGCGUGGCAUAGGGGCUGACGAUAGCAUCGUCCGCCUAGAUUCGUCACCCGUCGGUCAUCCCGUGACCUCCCUGCGUGGCAGGGGGGUCGACCCUUCCCGUGGAGGUCACUCCGGAUCUCGUGGAGGCCGCGGUCACAGUGGGACCAAUCACAGAAGAGGAGGAGGAGGUGGAGGAGGAGGAGGAGGCGGGGGACUGAGCCGCAGAAGUUUAGCGCGGACGGCAUCGCCGAAGGCCAGGGGGUCCGACCGUUGCCACCUCAACUUGGUGGAGGUUCGAGUGAGCGACCUGCAACUCGGCUUCCAGUCCGACGAGGUCAUCUCCUUCCAGUUCUGCUCGGGAUCGUGUCUCCACGCGCGCUCCAACUACGACCUGGCCCUGUCCCGCGUGAUCCACCUGCACCUGCCCUUCGCUCCGAUCCGCAGACGGCGUCGCCAGCAGCAGCAGCAGCAGCAGCAGCAGGGGAAGUUGGAUAAGAGGGAACAGGCGGCAGUGGAGGAGGCGGCAGUGAGGAUGAGGAGGAGGGCGGGCGACGGGGUGAACAGCGAGCAACCUUGCUGCAGGCCGGCCGCCUUCGAAGAGGUCACGUUUCAGAACUCGGAGCACAAGUGGGAGACGGUCGCCAACCUGAGCGCCAAGAGGUGCAAGUGCGUGCUGUGAGGAGGCGUGCGGUAGAUUUACGUUCGCCACGAGGAGGAGGAGGAGGAGGAGGCUGACGAAAGGGAUUGGAUGAGAAGAGAGACGCGGGGGAGGAGGAUGAUCAUCACACGCACACACACACACACACAAAGUGCUUGCCAGCAAAUGUGACCGCAAUAGCUUUGCUGGUAUUAGUUACGGAGCUAAAAUCCAUCAUCACACGACCACCCCCAUCGCCGUGGCUUUUUGGACGCCCUUACAGAUGCGGCUUGUCUAGAACGCUCUGCCUUCCCGACAUUAGGAAGCCACAGGAAGCUAUGAACUUUUAAAUCAUCGUCCAAAUUGACGAACUUCAUCUCUUCAUAACUGCUCGCCGUUGUUGUUGUUGUUGUUUAGUUUGCUGUCCUCCCCCCGCACCUCCGAUGAGCCACGGUUGGCUACGUACCGUGGAUUCGGAAAUUUUGAGAGACCCAAGUGGCUGUGUAGUCACCACGACGCUUGUGCCAGGCUAGGUGCACUUCGAGAUGGUCGCGUGCAGAAGGCUCUCGCUGCUGCUGACAGGAGGUCACGGGACAUACCCUGCAGGUGCCACGGGUUGACCGCUGCUGUGCCAGGCUAGGUGCAGCAGCAGGAGGAGGUCACGGGACAGACCCAGCCGGUGCCAUGGGUUCACUGCUGCUGUGCCAGGCUAGGUGCAGGGGGAGGCCACGCUACAGAGCCAGGUGCCAUGGGUUGACUGGCAGACGCACCAGACGUGCUCCCCAACCGUGCCAACUCGCUUGCGUUUUAUCCGCCCCGGCGCUCCGCUCGUUGUUGUGAGCGUCGCCCCUCUGGCCCUCUCUAGCUGCUGGUUGCAGGACGAGCGCCUCCAGCCUGGACCUACGCGACACAAUUACUUUCCAGAGCCCACGUGGGUACGGUGAGGGGGGGUCGGUUCGAAGGUGACGAUGUAAAUUCAUCGCGGUGGAUUUGGGGGCAUUCGCAAAGCGUAUUUCACGAGUUAGCGCUGCGAAGAUCUGAAUUUGCUUCUGGUAGUGGUGCAAAGAAAACAAAAAUACCACAACCAACGCAGCCAACAGAACGGCUGCUUGUCCCUGUCGUUGGUGUGUGUAGUUUGUCGUUCUUAGGCCGCACCACCGAUUAGCGCGGUUGAGCUACGUACGGUGCGAAAGAAGUGGAACGUUCACGCACUACGCUACU